AUGGCGGACCCGCAACUGUCGAGGGCGAGAGGCGGCGGGAGCUCGGAUGUGUUUCAGAAGCCUUUGGGCAAAGAUGAGUUUGUUAAAGUUCGAAAGAGAGACCUGGAGAGGCUAACGACUGAGACAAUGCAAAUCAAGGACUUCCUUCCCAAGAUACUGAACGGAGAGUUCUUGGAGAGCUUUCAUCAGCUGGAAAUUGUUGAAACAGGACUGGAAAAAAGAGAACAGGAGAGUGAACAGCUGCGACUGGACUGCAAUCAUUUUAAGGCAAGGCUGAAAAAUGCUCAGGAAGACUGUCAAAAGGAACGAGAGGAAAAAUUGGCAUUGAGGGUCCAGUUGAACGAAGCAAGGCAGCAACUGCUGCAGCAAGCAGAGUACUGCACUGAAAUGGGUGCUGCAGUCUGCACACUGCUCUGGAGCGUGUCCAGCAACGAGGAGUCGGUUCAAUUUAUCCUUGGAGGCAAUAAAGCGGAGAAGUUUUUCAGUAUUGUGGGACAGACGAUAGAAAGUUUUGUGAAAUCUCUGGAUGGAAAUGUCAAGGAAGAGCAUGAUCUGGAUUCAGAUGAAAAUCAAUUUGUUCUAGCAUUGGCAGGAAUUGUAACAAAUGUGGCUGCUGUGGCCCGUGGCCGGGAGUUCUUGGUUAAUUCUGCUCAGAUUCUACUGGAGACACUGUUGCAGCUCCUGGCGGAGAUGAAGGCUGGUCUCUGCACAAAGCUCAAAGUACUAAUGUUGAUGUGCCUGUACAAUGUAAGCAUUAACCUGAAAGGCUUGCAGUACAUCAGCGAGAGUCCAGGGUUCAUCCCUUUGUUGGCCUGGCUUCUAGAAGAUCCAGAUGCAGAGGUUUGCCUUCAUGUUCUGCGCCUCAUUCAGUCUCUGAUCCUUGAGCCAGAGGUUUUCUCCAGAGUGAAAGCCCAGAUCCAUCAAUCACUGCCUGAGCAGCGCAUUCGAGAACUUACCAAUAACCGUAAUCCAGAUCUCCGCAGUGUAGCAAGUGAGCUUCUGGAGGACAUGAAGAUGCUUAAUUUUUAA